GGAGACCAGAUAUAGUGAAUGCGGGGUCCGGGGAGACCAGAUAUAGUGAAUGCGGCGUCCGGGGAGACCAGAUAUAGUGAAUGCGGGGUCCGGGGAGACCAGAUAUAGUGAAUGCCGUCCGGGGAGACCAGAUAUAGUGAAUUCGGGGUCCUGGGAGACCAGAUAUAGUGAAUGCGGAGUCCUGGGAGACCAGAUAUAGUAAAUGCGGAGUCCUGGGAGAUCAGAUAUAGUGAAUGCAGGGUCCUGGGAGACCAGAUAUACAGGUGAAACUCCAAAAAUUAGAAUAUUGGUCCUGGGAGAUCAGAUAUAAUGAAUGCAGGUUCCUGGGAGA